GGCAGCGCCACUGGGAGCAUGGAGGCUCUCUUCCUCAAUCUCCCCACUUUUUUUCUUUUUUUCUUCUUACUGUUUUGACGUCAGCACCAGCAAUUGAACGAAUAAACUAACGAAGGACCGAGCCCCUACCGGAGCUACCGGGAGGCAGUAGCGUUACAGAGCGAGUCCCCGCCGCCCGCCCCGGAGGAACCAAACGGAGGAAAAGGUCCACUGUGAGCCGCCGUGAGAAAAACCAAACGAUGCCAGCGCUGCUCACCGCCGCCCAGUAACACGUACUACCGACAAACUGAAGAGGAGAAGAGAACCGUUACCGUGGUUUACCGACAGAAAAAAAAAACAACAAAAAAAAACCCCAGAAAAAAGACACGGAGGACGGACGGACCGACAGACCACCACCGAGAAACACGCCUGAGAAACAAACCGCUACAAGCUGCGGAGGCUACAUCGUGUUGUUUUAUUCUUCUGCGCUGUGGAUCAAACCGAGUGGAUCCUUGAUUUAAAUGCGUUAACGGUUCCGUUCCCCCCCGGUUUGAGAGCGAGACAGAGGGAGCUGCCCAGAGAGCGAGAGAAAGAGACUGAGGGAGACGGAUCGAAGGUAUAGCGCAGAAAAAAAAGGAGGAAAUAAACCAAGAUAGAAAAGAAAAAAAAAAGGAUUUGCAGCCAGCUUUGUUUCCACGCGCAAGUUUCACUGAAUCCACCUUUUUAUUGCUUUUUUUUUCUCUUUUCUUCCGUGGAUCCCGGUACCGGUAACGCUAUCAAGCUGUGUUCUCUAACCAUGGGAUGUACUCUGAGCGCAGAGGAGAGGGCGGCUCUGGACCGGAGCAAAGCCAUCGAGAAAAACCUCAAGGAGGACGGUCUCACCGCGGCCAAAGAUGUUAAACUGCUGCUGCUCGGGGCUGGAGAGUCAGGGAAAAGCACCAUCGUCAAACAGAUGAAGAUCAUCCAUGAGGACGGUUUCUCUGGCGACGACGUAAAGCAGUACAAGCCUGUCGUUUACAGCAACACCAUCCAAUCUCUGGCUGCCAUCGUCCGUGCCAUGGAUACGCUGGGCCUGGAGUAUGGAGACAAAGAACGCAAGGCGGAUGCUAAGAUGGUGUGCGAUGUCGUCAGUCGUAUGGAAGACACGGAGCCUUACUCUGCCGAGCUGCUCUCCGCCAUGAUGCGUCUGUGGUCCGACUCUGGCAUCCAGGAGUGCUUCAGCCGCGCCCGAGAGUACCAGCUCAACGAUUCAGCGCAGUACUACCUAGACAGCCUAGAUCGGAUUGGUGCAACAGACUACCAGCCGACAGAGCAGGACAUCCUGAGGACCCGAGUGAAGACCACAGGCAUCGUUGAGACACACUUUACCUUCAAAAACCUUCACUUCAGGCUGUUUGAUGUGGGAGGUCAGAGGUCGGAGAGGAAGAAGUGGAUCCACUGUUUUGAGGAUGUCACAGCCAUCAUUUUCUGUGUGGCACUCAGCGGAUACGACCAGGUGCUGCAUGAGGAUGAGACCACGAAUCGCAUGCACGAGUCUCUGAUGCUGUUCGACUCCAUCUGCAACAACAAGUUCUUCAUCGACACCUCCAUCAUCCUCUUCCUCAACAAGAAGGAUCUGUUUGCAGAGAAGAUCAAGAAAUCUGCACUCAGCAUCUGCUUCCCCGAAUACACAGGACCCAACACCUACGAGGAUGCAGCAGCUUACAUCCAAGCACAAUUCGAGAGCAAGAAUCGCUCUCCAAACAAGGAAAUCUACUGUCACAUGACCUGCGCCACGGAUACAGGAAACAUCCAGGUGGUGUUUGAUGCUGUGACCGACAUCAUCAUCGCCAACAACCUCCGAGGGUGUGGCUUGUACUGAGCACGCCCACACGCCCCGUAAUAUCCUCCCUCUUUGUCCCCUCCUCUCUCCCGCCCUUCCUGCCCUCCUCCUCCCUCCUCGUUCCUGUUCCUUUGACACUGCUGUGGAAAUGAUGAUGGUGAUGAUGACGAUGAUGAUUCUGCUGAUUAUUUAAAGAAAAAAGAAAGAAAAAUGCAACUAGGUACAUAUUAAUAAUGAGGAUAAUUUAAAAAAAAAAAUAGGCAUACGUAUAUAUAAAUAUAUAUAUAUAUAAUGUUUUUAGUUCUUGUCUCUUCUCUUCCCGCUCCGACUUCUCCUCCUGAUGUCCUUUGGCCUGCUGCCAAGCAAACAAAUUUGUUUUAGUAGAAAACAUGAGACCCUGCAGCCUUGAAAACUUCUUGAACAAAGUCGAUGAAAGCCUCCGUUCCUGUUCUCCUCUCUUUUUCUUUCUCAGUGUCUUUUGUUGGUAACAAAAACAAAACCUGUACUUUUUUUGCAGAUUUUUUUUUUUUAUUAUUAUGAAUAUGAAUAUGACUUCUGUUUUAUUUUUGUUGAUCAUGUGUGUAUUUAUUACAUGAGUAUAAGUCUGUACACUGAUUUUUAUUCACAUUUUGCCUCACCUGACACCUUUAUUUGUUAUUAUUUCGUUUGUUUUUUUUGCUAGAGUAGUGAUUAUGUAAUAACGAUUUUUGCGGAAAUCUGUGAAAAUGUCAAUAACAAAAACAAACACCAGACAGGUCAGCCAAAACCUUACAAACAACUCUCGAGACCUGCUGAAACUGACAACGCCGAUUUUAACAUUAGUCUUUUGUUUACAUUAGCCAAGACAUUUCAAGAUGUUUGUUGUCAAUUUCUAAAUUUUUUGUUUUUAAUUAACUUGUAUCAUUUUACUCCCUGCAUUCGAGACCCGGUUUUCAUCAACAGGAAGUGAGAUUUCCUGUAUCCUGAACUUGGCCUUGGCCAUUAGCCAACCGUCGGUCAUGGCUGAGCCUGAGAGCCAAUAGGAAAUGUGCUAAACGUCCUAUCAGUGCCAUGUAACAGAGGUACUGUACUGUAGAUAGCUACGCUUUUAGAAGCAAGUACACAACGUUAUAACUCUACCUUCCUCACUGUUAUAACCUCUAGACCUACUAACGUUCUCCAUGUAAGGAAACUCACUCUUGGUUUGAUAAUGGUUGAUUAAUUUAUUAAUGUAUUUAUUGAUUGAUUGCCUGUCCUACACAUACCUAUCUGUUUCUCUCUAUCUCUCUCUCCCUCUCUCUCUCUCUCUUCAUUUACACACCACCAUGCCUUUACUUCUCUCAACUCCAUCCAUCUCUCUUUCGUUCUGCCUUGUUUUGGCAUGAUGCCCAGAUUUCGGGGGUGGGUCAAAAGCCCCCAUCUUUUUUGCCAACCCUUCUCUCCCUCCCUCCUCUUCUCCUGUUCCUUCUGAAGCCCUGACACAGAUAGCAUGAGAUACUCAAGCCUUUGUAUAAAGAGACCAGUUAAAAAAGAAAAGAAAAAAAAAGAAAAAAAAAAAGCUUCUCAUCGAUACUGUUCAGAUAAUAAUAAUAAUAAAAAAAUACUAAUAAAAAUUGCAAAAGAUAAAUAAAAAAGAUGAGAAAAAAAUACAAAAAAAGAGCUAAGACGAUGGAUAGCAGCAGCUGCAGGAGAGAGGCGACUGGUUCAUGAACUGGAUGGGGCGGGGUCAAAUCUGAAAAAAAAAAAGUGAGAGUCGUAGUUUCGAAGGGUAGAAAAGUCAUGUGGGAGGCUUGGAAGAAGCAGUGUAGAUUUUGGGAUUCUUGCCAUGACACGUAGAAUUCAUAGUCAAAAAAUCUACACUUAUUACUACAAUAAUUAAUAAAAACUGAUGAACAUGGGUAUUACCACAAUAUCGACAACAACAACGAUCGUGAUAAUCCUGUAAUAUUCUCAAAAGAUAAUCUUUCUUGUGCUUUGUAGCUACAGAACAUUUUUCUCUAUAUCUCCCUUUUUUAAAUAAAAAGAUGUUUUGCAAAGCGUUCCAGUUUGACAGCGAGCUGAUGUGGAACCGCGGCGAUCUCAGACCGACCCCGUGUUGUUGUAAUGCUCUGAACUGUGCCCCACCCCCCUUCUCCUUUUACCGUUUUGCCUGUUUCCCUGCAUUAGAACCGUGUCCUCACUUUAGCCUGACUCAGAACGACUAAAUAUAAUAUUAUAACAAUAUCUAUUUUUUAUUAUUUCAGAAAAAAACAAACCACUUUUUUUUGGGGAGAGCACGUUUCUCGCUGCGUUCGCUAGUUAGGGACGCCGCAUGUACACACAUCAAUGCUGUAUAAAGUCAUGCUCCUUUCUUCUUCUACUACUUCUACUUCUUCUUCUCUCUGUCUCUUUUCAGUUUGACACACACCUUCCAGGUCUACAAUGAAAAGCACAGUUCUCACGUCUCACACACACACACUUUUUCACACUCACACACAUACACACACAAUAAGUAGAUUUGGAAAUUUGUUAUCUAUUCAUACCUAAUCUAUGUUACCCCUCAUCAAUCUAUCUACCCAUCUAUCUAUAUAGACCUCUCUUUCUUGCCUUCUUGAGUUCUAGUUUUUAAAAGAGAAAACAACUGUGUAUAAUGACAUGAUAUACCUGUUUUUGGCAUUCUGUUCCUGUUACCUUCAUUAUUUUUUAUUUGACCUCCUCUAUGUUCUGUUCUUUACCCAGUGAAUGCUUUUUUCUGUGCAGCUUUUUUUCUCUCUCUCUCUCCCUGUACUCCUCUUUAGUGAAUGGUUGUUAUUUCAUGUGGGAUGUCCGUGCUGGAAAAACCAAUCGAAUGUAGUGUUUACAUUAAAAAGCCACUGUUUUCAUGACUACAAAAAAGCCAA